CAUGUGCCACCAUCCGAGGGAGCGGCGGAACAAUCACAGCAACCACCUCUCCUUUUUCCAACCGACGGGCAGAGCCGAGCCCGGCAGCAGAGGCGCUGCUCAUCCGGCCGUAGAGCGAGUAGGGACACCCCUACGGGACCGACUUGGAGUUGGACACGUACAAGUGCAGAUAAACUUGCUGACCAGAGAUGGACCUGAUAACUGUGCUGGUGGUGAGGGUGGUGGGCAUCCUGCUCGGACUAUCUAUAUGCAUGAUCAGACCUAUAGAACUGAUAGAUAACAAGGAUAUUAUAAGGAAUCGACUCCAAAAUGCUGCCCAGAAUGCACUAGAUGCUAUUAGUUCUAACGCUAGGUUGACUGCUUCUGAAGAUCAAGCGAGAAGGGGCCAGCAUGUCUUUAACAACGGACUCCUUAAGUUUCACGAAAAAGUUCUGGAAGACCUGCAUAAAGACCUGUUCAAAAAUAACAUCAUAAUCCCUGAUGAAAAACUGCAACAGCUGAAGAAGCGUCUUGAUAUCCCACUCAGCACAGCUGUACAAAAUGCAAUUAGUACGAUGGUGGUCCACUUCAGUGAGGAGUUCUAUGUGGAUUUUAAUGCUUUUGUGUAUGGAGAGUAUGUGAAGCAGCUCCGAGGAAAAAUUGUGGAAUUGCUAAAGACUUUUACAGCUAUCACAUAUGUCAAAAACGAAGCUGAGAAUAUUUGUCAGCGAGUGAAGUGGAUCGCCACUAAGAUGGCGGAACAUGAUGUGUAUGUAGACCCGAUGGCCCGCGAUCACUGGCUGAACCAGAACAGAAACAAUCAGCAACCGUACAAUCAGGUCAGAAAUGAAUUGCAGAAUAUGUUCCAGAACAUCCUGAAGAACUUUCAAGAAGUGGCCAAUUGUAUCAAAGACUUUCGCCGGACAAACACCUGGAACAAAUUAGAGAGCGGGACCUGUACAAAAACCACUCCUGUCUGUGAUGAUCCUACCCCCAUCACCCGUCAGGGUUAGAAAAUUGUGUAUGGACAAAAAUAUAAAUUUCCAGACUAUUGGCCUAUUCAGUUUCAUAAAAUAUAAGAUAUAUCAAGAAUUUCUUAUUAUACAUUUAUUUUAUGAUGCUCAUGUUUUGCGCACUGCCAGUGCUUGAUCAAUUUUGCUGCAGGACUGUUUGCUGUGAUUGGAUGUUCUGCAGUUAGACAGCAAUAAACAUGAGAGCCCCCAACUGUGCAUUGUAGUGUGAACUGAAUGACUGGCCACAAUGGGUAAAUGUAAGUUUUAUGACAGGGCGUCCGUGCAGUAGUAAAAAGAAUCUACCAAAAUUAAGGCCCUUGGAAGGUAGUAAAAGGUAACAAACGCAAUUUGACUUGGUAGUACUUUUUUUUUGCUUAAUAUUUGUGUCUCCACUCAUGGAUUCUACCUUAGAUCCUCACGUGCAGAAUGUUUUUAUUAUUGUGUUUUUUUUAUCCCCAAUCAUUUAUUUACAUAAUCAUCAUAAUCAUUUUAUAAUCAUUAGUUAUCCAUAUAAUUAUUAUUUUUGAUUAUUUCAUAUUAUUUUAUCAUUAUCAAUUUCAUUAUCAUUAUUUUUAUCAUUACAUUAUUGUUUAUUCAUUUAUCCAUUCAUUUAUUCAUUAUGUUUCUAUAUUAUAUAUGUGUCUUAUUAAUUUCAUGGUGGUUCAGUAUCACAUUUGUGAAGUCUCACGAGCUGUCCUGUCUGUGUGUAUACAGAGAUAGAUAAAUAGAAUGUUUAUGGAAGCCCAAGGUCUAUGAGAUGUUGCAGUAAAGCAAUUUUGAUAUAACAGUGCAUGUUGAAUUCAUGCGGGUUGUACGAGGUUUGAUCAUUGAGACAUAUGCAACUGAAACUAACUGUCCAUCAAUAAAACUCUGUUUUAUUUUAUCAGCUAAA